GUCUAUGGGAAAGGAGAAAGCUGCUUCCACUCUCCAUUUUCACGUUCUUCUUUACUCGCUCUCCACCCUCUUCUCCCACCCAGUUAGGGUUUUAUAGAAUCUCGCUUUUGAACUCACAUUUUCUUCCCCUGCCGUUUGUGUUUCAGAUUGAGGGAAAAUGCAGGGAAUAACGUCGUGUUCCAAGUUUGGACGGUCUUUGCAGAGUAUAAUACGAGGGUUUUCUACAUCGACAACGAAGAGUGGCAGUGAUGAGAAGCUCGUAGCUUCAGUUCUGUUUGAGAGGCUUCCCGUUGUCAUUCCAAAAAUCGAUCCUGUUGUCUAUGCUUUUCAAGAGUUCUCGUUCCGAUGGAGACAACAAUAUCGACGGGAAUACCCUGAGGCUUUCUUGAAAAAAGCUGAUGCCAGGGGAAAAGGAGAUUAUCAAAUUGACUUUACGCCAGCUCCACGGAUCACUGAAGCAGACAAGAGCAAUGAUAAAAGGUCAUUGCAGAGAGCACUUGACCGCAGACUAUAUCUUCUCCUUUUUGGUGCUGCAUAUGGUUCUAAAGAACCUGUCUGGCACUUUCCUGAGAAGGUUUAUGAGUCGGAACAGACAUUGCGAAAGUGUGCAGAGUCUGCCUUAAAAUCUGUGAUUGGAGACCUUUCCCAUACGUAUUUUGUUGGAAAUGCCCCAAUGGGCCAUAUGAUUGUGCGACCUUCCAAUAAUGACCAGGUCAAUCCAUCUCUUAAGCGGUUCUUUUUUAAAUCUCAAGUUAUUGCGACAAACAAGUUUAACAUCGGAAGGUGUGAAGAUUAUGUGUGGGUGACAAAGGAUGAACUUUUGGAGUAUUUUCCUGAGCAAGCUGAAUACCUGGGCAAGAUGAUCAUCAGCUGACUUUUUGUGCCUUCCCAUUGUUUUUGGCUUUUUGAUAAUCUUCAGCUAUUAGCUCAAUGUAUUUGCCCAUAUUUGGAGCUCUCCACAGUAUUACUAGGAAAUUUUUUGAAGCUGACUAGGUUUUUUGUUGGUCUGAUGAGGUGCCCCAGUUUCAAGGUUCUGUGGUUGUUUGAUUGAAUGCAAUAAUUGUCUUGAGCACCUGCUGGUUACGAUGCUCCUUCCGCACCACUUAUCACAGAGAGAUGCUUUCAUUGCCCAUUUUUCAGAGUACAGUUAUUUGCCAAAUUGUUUGUGUGAA